AGUACUCACAUGGAAGAAAAAUUUUCCAAAACAACAAAGAAAGGCAUCGUGUAUUUAGCUUAAAAAAAUGGUCAAAAUACGGAAAAUUAAGAAGAAAAACUGGGCCAAACGACAAAGUUGUUCAUCUAACCCAACGAUCAGGUCCCAUAGAGACGCUGCAAGGCAGGGGUUUAGACAAGAUCGCCAAUCAGGAUCUGGUCUCACUGUCGAGGCUCUGGCUAUACACAACGAAAAUAUAGACGAUGAUGGCACUGUUUUGGAUGAUGCCGAGACCACAGGAAGGUCUAUGGCUACUGUUAGCAUUAGUGGAUUGACAGAUUGUUCUAACCCCACAUUUUCCGGUGUUUUGAAGAGGUUUUGGCAGUCACCAGGGGCCAAUCAUCAAGAAAUUUGUGCUGUUCUUGCUGCUGUUACUGAGGUGAUAAGAAAAAAUGGUGGCAAUGAAACAGAAACAGAAUAUUUUGCAGCGUUGAUGACUGCUCUUGAAACAACAGAGGAUGACAAGUCUUUAUCUGCCAUUGCCUUUCUUCUUGCUCUUGUAAUAAAAAGAGUCCCUCAGUCAGUUUUACAGGUGAAGUUUUCAGCCAUAUGUCAGGUGCUUUUGAGUAUCCUGGCUGUCAAAUCAGACUCGCAGUCAACAGCACUACUGAAGUCUCUUGUCACAUGCUUGUCAACUGCUUUGAAGGCCCAAGAAGCAGCCAUUUGGUCAGAGCCCUCAACUUUAAAGUCAUACCAAGGACUGUUAAGCUUCACUGUCCAUCCUAAACCAAAGGUGCGAAAAUGUUCACAUGAGUCGGUUGCUGAAAUAAUCAGGUCAAGGCCUAAUGGUUCUGAAUUUCACCCUGCAUGUCAGGCAACAAGCAAAUUUUGUAUUCAAGAACUUGAGAAAUAUAAAGGGACUGCUCAAGCAGUGUCAGUUCUUCAUAUUCUUGGACUAUUGAGAAAUAUAAUGCUAUCAUUACCCUGUCAGCAAGUGAAAUCACUGUGUGAAACAAUGCUGAAGCUUAUGACAUUUGGAAAUAUUAUGUUAUCCAUGAAUUGCAUGCAAGUUCUGCACAACAUGUUUGAAGGAAAUCCUGGAUCAACAACCGUCACAUCCGACCUUAACGGACAACUGAUUAAUGCUCUCUUUGACUAUCAACCAAAUGCAGUUGACGAGCAGCAAGCAAUUGCCUGGUUAACGCUUAUGGAAAAAGCUUAUUGCAGCUUCCAAAAGUUAAACGCAGAACUGUGUGCUGAUUCAUGUGUUAAACUGUUCUCAUUAUGCAUGACGUUUCUACUGUCCCAUCACUCGGUUGUCAGGACGACAGCUGCCAAUGCAAUGAAGUGCAUGCUGGAAGAAUGCAUUGCUCCGGUUGCUGUAAAGUUAUGCAAAGAUUUGGAAAACAUGGAAGUCUCUACUUCUCCUGUGCUGAUAAUAUUACGAUGUCUCGAGUCCGGAUUGAAAUUGAGAUAUCAGGAAUCUUGGAGUUUGAUACUUGAUGUUACAAGCAAAUUUAUUCAGAUAUUUGGCAAGUUGUGUCCAGAAAGGCUGAAGAAAUGCCUCAUAUCGCUGUGUAAUCUUCACAACAGCCAUGGCAUUCGGUGUCGUAAAGAAAUCGCGAAAACUGUCGGAACGGCAUUUCAAACUAUUGGGCCAAAAUUUGUAUUAAGUGUUGUUCCUUUGGAUUUGGAAAAAGACACAAAUGUGUACGAGUUUCCAAGAAGUUGGUUGUUGCCAGUUAUGAGGGACCAUGUGCAGGAAACGGAGAUGGUUUAUUUCUUUCAAAAGCUUUUGCCGCUUGCAAACUCCCUGCUAGCGAAAGCUGAAAAUCUAAGAAACGGAGGUAGUGAGUUAGAGGCGAAAGUUCUGGACACAUUAUCGUCACAGAUUUGGGAUCUUAUGCCUGCGUUUUGCACCAAGCCGACAGACCUAAUUCAGAAUUUCAAAUCUGUGGCGAAAACUUUAGGAUCAAUGUUGAACGAGAGAGCGGAACUGCGGCCAAGGAUUUGCCAAACAAUUCGAAUUCUAAUCUCGAAAAAUCUUGAUAACGAGGAGAAUAUCAAGGAAUUGUCAAGAUUUGCCAAGAACUAUCUUCCCAUCCUCUUUAAUAUUUAUACGUCUUUUGAAGAGAAGAACGACUCAAUUUCUCUACCCAUCUUACAGACCUUGAAGUGUUAUCUUCAAAUCACGGAUCAACAGCUGAUAAAACAGUUCUUUCAAAAGGCAGUCGAGAAAGCGAAGCCUGAUGAAACACCUCAAGAAAAGAGACAUUUGUUGAUGGACUUGGUGAUUUCUAUGGUUCAGUAUUUGGAUAAAGAGUCUGUUAAAGGUUUAUACAAAACCAUAGUGCCUUGGUUAAAAGCAAAAGACACAAGACUUCAGAAGAAGUCCUAUCGAGUGUUGGAGGAAAUUUGCAGCUCAAAAUCUGCGGAUGAAUUUAGCACGAGUCACCUCACAAAAAUCCAGGAUGUUUUGACGAAAAAUUUAACCACUGCAUCUUCCGUUUCAAAAGCGCCUCGUCUGCGAUGUCUUAUACAAGUUGUGAAGAAACUUCAGCCGGGUCAAGAAGUAUUCUUGAAUGCAAUUAUACCGGAGGUUAUACUGUCUGUGAAAGAAGUGAACUCGAAGGCGAGAAUAGCCUCUUUGAAGUUAUUAGUUGAAAUAGCAGAAACAUAUAUCCGCUGUUCAGACCAAAGUACUCAAGCUUGCAUUGAGAACUAUUUGGAAACAUUAGUAGCUGGUUUUGGUGGCUCACCUAACAUGGUCAGCGGAACAAUCAUAGCAAUUUCGAAAAUCGUGUAUGAAUACAGAGGUUCUUACUCGGUACAAGUUCUCGACCAGCUUAUUAAGACAUUGACCAACCUUUUGCUGUCGAACAAACGAGAAGUAGUUAAAUCAGCUCUUGGGUUUUUUAAGGUCGCCAUAAGCGUAACAAGCGCUGACGAAUUCGCGCCAUUCCUUCAAGAUUUAGUGUCGAGUCUUGUUAACUGGAACGAGGAUAGUAGAAAUAAGUUUCGUUUCAAAGCUCAGGUGUUGUUUGAAAGACUGAUCAGGAAAUUCGGAUUUAAGGUUAUUCACGGUUUGGUGCCUGAGAAACAUCGUAAAUUUGUUCGAAAUAUUCACAAACGGGUCGAGAGAGGAAAACGUAAAAAGAGCGAAGGUUACAGCAAUAGAAUGAAACCUGAUGAAAAGCGUUCAAAGAUUGACAGUUAUGAGGAACUUAUGUUUGGAUCUGACGAUGAAAAUGAUGAUGAUGAUGGCGAGACAGCUUUCUCAACCAGAAAGGACCAAAAAUCGAAGAAGCCGCCUUUUUCUAAAGCAUUCAUUCGUGAAGAUGAACCUGACGAACCUCUUGAUUUACUGAGUUCAAGUAUUUCUCAACAUGUUACAGCAACUGCUCCAGUCAACAGAAGGUCGAGAGAUUCCGGAUUUGAGGUGGCCGAAGAUGGCCGCUUGAUUAUACCCGAAGACAAGGAAGAAAGUUCCAAGAAUUUAGAAAAACGUUUAGGUUCGCCAGUAUUAAGCGAAGACACUGAGAUGGAACCGCCGUUAAAGGGAAACAAGAGGAAGAUGAUGGAAGAAGAUGAAAUGGAAGAUACUUUUGGUAAACGAUCAAAACAUAGCGGAGAGUUUGGUGAAGAAUAUCGGGCGAAGAAAGCUGGCGGUGACGUGAAAAAGAAGGGGAAACCAGAUCCGUAUGCCUACCUUCCUCUCAAUACACAAUCUUUGAACAAAAGAAAACGCGCCAAAAUGUCGGGACAGUUCAAAGGAAUUGUGAAAGGGGCGAAAAGGGGCGUCCAGAAAUCCAAGAAAACAAACAGGAGGAAAUAAAGUCAUAUAAGAUAUCAUUACUUGAUAAUUAUAAUUAUAUAUCAACUGACAUUAUUUCAUGCAACCGUUUCUACAUUAUAUAUAGUGAAUGACACGCACUUUAUUUUCUGCAAACUAGGCUUAUGAAUAAGGCUUGUCUGGCUGUCUUCUAAAAUUGAUGUAUAUCGUAUUCAAUAUCCUUUCAUUUUCCCGUAGGAUAGUGUUGUGUAUAGCUAUAUGUAUUCUAGUGGUGUGAGUUCAAUUUGGAGUAAUAAUUUUAAGUGUUUGUUCAAGUCACGUUCAAAUUGCCUGAAAAAAUAUUGUAUACAUUAUACUUAAUUAAGGCAUUGUCAUGCGGUAAAUGGUAGUUGAAGUAUAUAAAAUAAACGAGGUAUAUCAGCCUUGUGUUUGAGAGAUGUGCAUGGUUAAUUUUACUUCACUUCGAUUCUUGUAUGAAGUGUGAAAAUUUCUGAACCGGUGGUC